CGUUGUGCUAGUCACCCAGUCGCAGAAGGCUAUUUUUCAGACUUGUGAACAUUCAAACGAUUAUAUCAAACUCUGUGUUAAAAGCUGGCAUCGAGUAGUUCAUUUUUUAAAGAUGCGUACGAUAAUAUUUCAGAGUGCAAUUUGGUUCCUAAUUUUGGUAAUCGGUUUUAGUCAGGAAUUGUUGCGCAUGCACACAUUUUUACGGGAUGACGCACUGGUAAACCGUGUGUGUCCACUCAGCCAUCGCUCUAUGGACGUUCAUGCGAGUUAUAAGGAGCAAUGCUUAUCAAUGUGCGGAAACAUUCCCAGGUGUUUAUCAGUGUUUUUUGCUGAACAUUUCGGAAAGUGUAUAGGAUGCGCUCGUAAAUACCGAGAUGGUGCUUCGCUGCUGAAAAUGAAAGGAAUGAUACAUUUUAAGAAAGUGUCAUCGUGCGAUCAAGGCUGGAUUCAUUUUCAUGACUCCUGCUACUACUUUGCUCUUGACAAAUUGGUGACCUACAGAGGAGCUGAGGAACUCUGUGAAAAAGUAGAUGCAGACAUUGUUCUACCAAACGACGCGGCUGAAGACGAGUUUAUAGUCGGACAACUUUCGCUUGCUGCAGGAGACGGUAGGGCGUGGAUAGCAAUGCAAGAGAGAAACACUACAGGCAGCAAUUGGUAUGCGUCAUUCAGUCCAAACGACGCAAUCAUCUUCACGAAUUGGGCAGAUGGUGAACCACGUCGAGGUUAUCCCGACGAACCUUGUGCAGUGACCUUCCAUAAUAGAAAGCAUGGAUGGCAUGAUAUUUCUUGCAACAGUACCGAAUGUUGUUGUUUGUGAAAAAUAUAAUUACAAUUAAAAAAACUGUUUCUAAAGAAAAUAAGAAAAUAAAAGUAUUGCGUUUUUAAUUAGUUAAAAAAUAUACACGUUGACGUUAUAAUAGAUACACUUAAAACAUGCAUUUCAAACGGUUAACUUGACAGCCAUUAGAAUUGUACUUAAAAUAUUUAAGAAAAUUGUAACAUUUGUAUUUAGAACGAAACAUAUUGUAACGUAAAAUAGUACUAAGAAUACCUGCAAUUUAUUUGUUCUCAAUGUUAUUGUUUUUAAAAAAUAUUGCACAAAUGCGUGUGUGUAUGUUGUUUCGUAUUGUGCUGUUUCGUACUGUUUAGACAAUUGGUCACUUGUCUUAAAUAAAUGACCAACAAAUUGUAUAUAAUGAGAAGGCAAUACUGCUCCAGCAUAUGGAGUUUCACCUCUUUAUAUUGACAUUAAUUAUUGCUAUAUUUAGAAGACAGUAGUGGUGGGACACACUACAGAAACAUACCUUUGAUAUGGUAAGAUACCAAUAUCCUCGUGAUCUACAAUAACAGAGAAAGGUUAAAUCAAACGUGAACCUCAAUUAAAUAGCUCAGCAAAGCCCCAGUACAAACUGGGUGAAUGGUUUGAUAUUGGUUUCAAAGAACCCAAUGAAUUUGCGUAUUUGUUAAGCAAUUGACAUAUAUUAUACACGCAUUAAUAUUUAUAAUUUAGUGACCCUCCGUCACUGUCAUCAAGUAUGUACUUUAUUUUGCCGUAAUAUAUGCCUUAAUUUGUAUAAUUAUAUGCUUUCAAUUUUUUUAGCGCCUUUUAACGAUCAAUACUUCUAUCGAAAUGACUAAAAAGCGGGAUGCAAUUUUUUAGCCAUGAGCCACUUCCAAAAUGCAGUCCGAUAAAUGUUAUAAAUGCAUUGUAAAUGACAAUUUUAAAAAGGCAGUUAUAGUAACAUGCAUUAUUUACCUCCAAAAGUGAUGUAUUC